AUGGCUGUGGUCAUCCGUUUGCAAGGUCUGCCUAUAGUGGCUGGGACCAUGGACAUUCGUCACUUCUUCUCUGGAUUAACCAUUCCUGAUGGUGGAGUACAUAUUGUAGGGGGUGAACAGGGUGAGGCUUUCAUCGUAUUUGCCACUGAUGAAGAUGCACGACUUGGCAUGAUGCGCACAGGUGGCACAAUCAAAGGGUCAAAAGUUUCAUUGUUGUUGAGCAGUAAGACCGAAAUGCAGAACAUGAUUGAACUUAGCCGUAGGCGUUUUGAAACUGCUAAUGUUGAUAUUCCACCUGCAAGUUCUAACCGUCCUGGACCUCCACCUAAUCCAGCAAUGAGCAGCAGUAGCACUGUAAUGAACCGGGUCAGUUUGCCAACAACUGUACCUAAUUUUAGUAGCCCUUCCACAAGCACAGUCUCUACAGUUACUACAGUACAUGAUAGUACUAAGAAUGUCACAACUUUUUCUACUGCCAAUAUUGGAAAUGCUCCACCAAAUUUAGGUGCGGCUUUUUGCAAUCCAACAUUUUCUUCUCCUAUGCCCAGUGUUGCUCCUCAGCUGCCUGCUGUACCACCACCUCCAAUUCCUCCAAUGCCAACAAUACCCACACUGCCACCAAUGCCUUCCAUACCCCCUAUACCUGUACCCCCUCCUGUAUCUUCAUUACCUCCAGUGCCUCCCGUCCCUCCAAUACCACCUGUUCCACCAGUCCCACCCAUAAGUGCUCUCCCUCCACUGUCUGGCAUGCCACCUUUGAAUCCACCACCAGUAGGAGUUGGACCUUUGCCUACAGGAAUGAAUGGUUCUGGUUCACAAAUGAGUAAUAUGAAUCCACUGUUUCUUGGUCCUGUAAAUCCAAUGCCUUUGAGUUCUCAGAAUGCAGUCAAACAUCCUCCCCCUUUGAAUCAUGAUGAUCCAUAUGUAUCCCUUCAUGACUUGCCUAUUCCAGUGUCAGAAAUAGAUAUCAGGGACUUCUUUCAUGGCUUACGUGUAGAUGGGGUCGUUAUUAUUAAAGAUACCAUGGGUCGCUUCACUGGUAGCGCAGUGGUGAAGCUUCUAACACCACAUGACACAUUUGAAGCUUUAAAACGGAAUAGAAUGAUGAUGGGACAGCGUUUUGUUGAAGUCACCCCAGCAUCUGAGAGACAGUGGGUGAUGUCUGGUGGGAACAUUGGCAAAUCAAGUGCAGGCCCCCAUGGACCCUCACAUAUUAUGCAGCAGUCUCAUACUAGAUCUAAAUCUCCCAGCACUCGGCAGCGUUCAAGGUCGAGAUCCCCCCAUGAGCAUGGUUUUUGUGUUUUUUUGAAAGGGCUACCCUAUGAGGCAGAAAACAAGCAUAUCAUUGAUUUCUUUAAAAAUCUGGACAUUAUUGAAGACAGUAUCUACAUAGCUUAUGGACCCAAUGGAAAAGCAACUGGUGAAGGUUUUCUGGAAUUUAGAAACGAGGCAGAUUAUAAAAUUGCGUUGAACAAGCAUAAGCAAUAUAUGGGCAAUCGUUUUAUUCAAGUUCACCCGGUUAAUAAAGGCCAAAUGGUAGAAAAGAUAGAAACGAUUAGGAAAAAAAUACAAAGUUACAAUUACAUUGACCAUAAAGAUUCCCCUCUUGAUAUGGUGUUAGAUAAGCAUGUGCCUAGGCUGUGGGCACAUCUUUCGAAUCUACCUUAUAACAUCGCUAGAAAGGAUGUAUUUCAGUUCUUUCAUUUAGAAGGAAUUGCAGUGGAGGAAAACGGUGUACAAGUUCUGAUCGAUAACAAUGGUCAAGGUUUAGGACAGGCUAUUGUUCAGUUCAGGAGUGAAGAUGAUGCCCGCAAAUCUGAGCGCUUGAAUCGCAAGAAGCUUAAUGGGAGAGAUGCUUUUGUGCGUAUAAUAAAUAAUGAAGAGAGGAAAGAAAUUGAGAGCAAUCCUCCUAUUCAAGGGAGAAAGAGUUUUAAAAUGCAAAAUUAUAGCAAUUCCCCACCCGAUACAAUGAGGUCCAGUGGAGAUGAAUUUGCUUUCUUGGGUAGCAGCAGCCUGAAAGAGAACAAUGGUCAAAAUUUUCCUUUCUCUAGUAAAUUCAGUGGACCAAGCAGUAAUUUUGGUCCACCUGUCCCACCACCUGGAAUAGGAAGUGGCUUUGUAGAUACAAGGCCACCACCACCAGGGUCUUCUAACGUACCAAAUUCACCACUUGAUCCCCCAGGAUUUGGAAGUGGCCCUGGUAAUUUCAGUGUUCCUCCUUCUAGUUUUGGCAAUGGACCCCCACCUUUUGGAAGUGGUCCUUCUGGUACAAAUCCACCUCCUAACUUUAACACCGCACCUCCAAACCUAAGUGGUCCUGGGGUUUUAAAUGCUCCUCCAGGGUUUGGGCCAGGAAAUCUGCAAAUCGGUGGUCCUCCAGGUUUUGGCACUGGGUCUGGAAAACCAGGUCCCACAGUAAUUAGAAUUCAGAAUAUGCCUUUCACAGUUUCUGUAGAUGAAAUUCUGGAUUUCUUUUAUGGCUAUCAAUUGAUACCUGGCUCUGUGUGUUUAAAAUAUAGCGAUAAGGGUAUGCCUACCGGUGAAGCCCUGGUGGCAUUUGAAUCCCGCGAUGAAGCGAUGGCAGCUGUGGUGGAAUUAAAUGAUCGGCCAAUAGGAGCAAGGAAAGUUAAGCUUGCAUUGGGUUAG